AUGGCUGCAACCGACGUGCCACAAGAUCCGACCGAAGAAGAGGCGCUCGCACUCUUCAAGGCAGUCGAAGAGAAGUUCCCUUCGAAAACAGUUGGGGAUGACAAGUGGUACGUUCUUACGUUCGCCGCGAUGGUCGGAGGCGGUGGACACGAAUUCGCUCCGCUCUUGUACAAAGAACUCAUCAAGCGGCCGGAAUAUCAAACCUCAGAACAGCGACAAGCGUUGAUGCGCCGAAUUCGCGAGACUCUACUCAAGCUGGUAUCUGUCGCCGGGGUCUGUAAGCCAUUGGAUGCGAUCUUUGAUAUCGAUGCCGUAACGGCGCCGAAGGAUAAAGACUACUCAUUCUCGAGAGAAGGAUGGCAGUGCGAUGAAGAGAACCGCAAACGUGGGUUCGCGUGGCAGGACAGACUCUAUAAGCACAACCAAGGUGCUAUCGACAAUGCGCUCUCGUCCCAGAAGGACUUUGGUAGGAACAACCACUGGAAGCAUGAAUUUUGCACUGAUACGUUGGUAGAUUGGAUCAGCAAGAACAUCAGCUAUGGACUUUACCUAUCUGACCAUAGCAUUAUCAAUGAUGUAGAGACCGAGCUCACAGUGCUUGGUGGUAUCAUGAUUCAAAACUUGCCGCGCGAAACUGGCUGGCAUCUGAGAGGCACAAGAAGGAUUGGAGUGAGCAAGGUAGAUGUUGAAACAAUACAUCAAUGUGUCAGUGAGCCGAGACCAAGCAGCAAGUUCUAA